CUUGAGUAUGAAAACACUAUCCAGACCUUGAAUUGACCGAUCUUUCAGAUAUGAUAUUAUACUCUAACCCUUGAAGAUCAAAAUCUAGGUCUUAUUUCUCUAAAUCGUAUACCCCUAAGAUCAAUUUAAUUAGAAACAAUCAUCGACGGUUAUGAUUCGUCCAAAUAUAGGCAAAAAAAUGAAUGCACCAUUUUAGGGUUUAUAGUUUAUGAUUUAGAUAAUUAGAACCUAGGGUUCACUCAAUAGGGUUAGGGUAUAGUAUCAUGCCCAAAAAUCAUGUUAAUUCGAGGUCUAGAUAGCGUUUUCAUACUCAAGGUAUGCAGUACCCAGGAUUUCACCCGAAGUACAGUAGAAGGCACCAUAUAUAUGGUGACUUCUAUCAUACAUCAGACAUAUAUUGGGGUAUGUCGUACACCAGCAAUCUCCACCGUCCACGUCCAUCUCAACGACCAACAUUAAUGCAGAUUCUACAUCCAUAUUUAAAUAAAAUAUAGCAUUUUAAACAAAAUGAAAAAUAUUCAUAUUUAAAUGCAACAUUGAACGCCAACAUCCAAAAAUUUAUAUUUAAAUCCAACAGAUAACAUAAACAUCUAAAUAUUCAUACUUGAAUCCAAUAAAUAACAUCAACACUUAACUUUCAACUCAAAGAGACAAAUCAAUCAUUAUUUUCUUUAUCAAUUAAAUGGGUAAAUGCCACAUUUGGUCACUGAGAUUACUAAAUCGUGUCAUGUUUAGUCACUAAAAAAAUUUAAUAUCAGUUUUGGUCACUUGAAUUACUGAAACAGGUCACAUUUAGUCACUCUCCUGUCAGCCUUCGUCCAACUCUGGUCACUCGAAUUACUGAAACAUGUCACAUUUAGUCACUCCUCACUCGAAUUACUGAAACAAGAGAGUGACUAAAUGUGACAUAUUUCAGUAAUUCGAGUGACUAAAAUUGAUAUAAUUUUUUCUAGUGACUAAACAUGACAUAAUUUAAUAAACUCAGUGACCAAAUGUGGCAUUUACCCUCAAUUAAAUUCACCAAAAUGACAUUAUUUGUUUAAACUUUAAAGAUCGAAAAUCGAUCAUACCGAGAACCAAAUAUUGAAAUACCGUACCGGAGGUUGUACUGGAAAAGUCAGCAAUAGAGUAUUUUAUGGUAAAACCGUGGUUUAACUAUGGUUCAACCGCUUAAUACCGCUGGUACAAUAUGAUAUUUUCUGGUCGAACCGCCAAUACGAUACGGUAUUUCAAUCCUUGCCGAGAACAUUUCGACCGAUUUUCUAAUAUGUACUAGUUGAAUCCGGUUCUAAGUACCACUAGCAUGACAACCAUGGUUAAAACUUACAAGUUAAACCCGAGUCGUCUCCAGCUUAUCUGCACUCGCUUGCGUUGCGUCUUGCGUGUCGUUCUGCUCCAAUCUAAAACGCCCUCCGUUUCCUCACACUUACUGUCCUCUCAUUUAUCUCUAGGGUUUCUUGACUUCUUCUCUUUCUACGAGCUCAGACAUGGCCGACGAAUCCCAGUCCCACUACUCCACCGCGGACACCGGAACGGCCACCGUCACUCCUAACAAGCGCAAAUACGAUGACCAAUUGACCACUGGUCGUCGCCACACGGGUUUCUCUUCGCCGGACUCUUCAGCCCCCCCUCCUUCUUACAAUAAUGUCCCGCCUCCUGCCGAUGAGAUCCAGAUGGCCAAGCAGAAAGCUCAGGAGAUCGCCGCGCGUUUCUUGAGUGCCGCCGCUGGAGGCGCUCCUGUGGAUAAUAAGCGUCCUAGAGUUGAGAAUGGGGGCAGCGGUUUUGAUUCCAACGAAAAGGGGUUUAGCUCUGCUCCGUCGAGCGUUCCUGCUUCCUAUGGUUCUUUUAUGGGCGGUACAAGCAAAAGAAUUGAAAUACCAAAUGGAAGGGUUGGAGUUAUCAUUGGCAAAAGUGGAGAGACUAUCAAAUUUCUUCAAGCAAAAUCUGGGGCGAAGAUUCAAGUAACGCGAGAUCUGGAUGCUGACCCCAAUUCGCCAACUAGAGCUGUAGAGCUUGUUGGUACUCCGGAACAAAUUGAAACAGCAGAACGGUUGAUUAAUGAUGUUCUUGCUGAGGCUGAUGCUGGAGGUUCUGGUACAGUUUCUCGAAGGCAAGGGGGACAGGGCGGGGGCGGCGGUGGUGAUCAUUUUGUCAUGAAAAUCCCGAAUAACAAGGUUGGUCUGGUAAUUGGCAAAGGAGGCGAGACAAUUAAGAGCAUGCAAGCUAGGACUGGUGCUCGCAUUCAGGUGAUACCUUUGCAUCUCCCCCCUGGUGAUACCACAUCAGAUAGGAAUGUACAUAUAGAUGGAACAAGUGACCAGGUUGAGGCCGCAAAACAGUUGGUCAAUGAAGUGAUCAGUGAGAAUCGCAUGAGGAAUUCAUCAAUGAGUGGAGGAUAUGCUCAGCAAGGUUAUCAAACACGACCACCUGCAAACUGGGGCCCGCCUGGUGGGGCAGCGCAGCAACCAGGAUAUGGUGGGUACGGGCAGCCAUAUGCAGGCGCAUCGGGACAGUACAAUAUGCCCCAGCCACCAUAUGGGGGAUAUACUACUCAGCCAUCAUCUGGUGGGUACCCUGCUGGAUGGGACCAGUCAACUCAGCCGACGAGUCAAGGUUAUGAUUACUAUAGUCAGCCACCGUCUUCACAGCAACCACCAGCCUCUGGUGGUCCACCGCCACCUGCGGCAGCAGCAGCGGCGGCAGAAAAUUCUGGUGGCUAUGGUUACAACAGUCAGCAGCCACACUCGGGUUAUAAUCAACAAGGGCAAGGUUAUGGUCAAGAUGGGUAUGGUGGAUAUCCUCAGUCGGGUUAUGGCCAGCCACAAGCAUAUGAUCAGCAGCAGCAGCAGCAGGGGGGCUAUACUACUGCUCCCAGCUAUGGUCAAGAAGGCCACAGUUCCUCCUAUGGUGGUGGACAAGGAGAGUCGGCUCCUCAACCGUCUUCUGCGGUUCAGCAGCAAGGCUAUGGUUCUGUCCCAAAUCCAGCAAGUUACAACCCUCCGCAGGGAGCUACUAGUCAAUCAGGAGGAUAUGUGAUGCCACAACCAUCUGGCUACGGGAGUCAUCAUCUAACAGCUCAACCUGGAUACGGAUCUAGCUAUGGACCUCCUCCAGCACAGAAGCCUCAAGUGGCGAACCCAUUAUCUGCUUAUGGGCAAACCGCCCAACAACAACAAUCACCUUCUGGAGGAGGCUCAUACAGCCAGUCGGUUCCUCAGCCAGGAGGAUAUCCAAAUUCACAGCCGCCACUGCCUCCGCCAGCACAAUCGUCGGGUUAUGGCAGUGCUGUUGCUGCACAGCCAGGAUAUGGUCCAUCGUAUGGGGCACCUCUAGCUCCGAGUCAACCAGGAUAUGGUCCUCCUUACGGCGCCCCUUAUAGUAGUCAACAGCCAGGAGGGUACCCUACUGAUGGCAAUCUUAGCUCCACUGCAGGAGUUGCAACUGCAGCGGCAGUAUCAGCGCCGCCGCCUGGACCACCAUCCCAGCCUGUGCAACAAAGUGGAAUUGCAAAAGCAUCUCCUAAGAGUUGAUGAUACUGAACGCAAUUGCUUUGCGCUUCAGAUGAUCAACUAACCUCUGCCCUGCCUUGGUGGUGUGUUUUCCUUGCUAAAUGCUAUGGAUAGUAUACUAGGGAGGGUUUUGUAGCGUGUUAUAUACUCUUAUGUCAGACUUUCCUUUUAUCUGCUAGUGUUUAUUUUAUAGUAGACUGUUGGAUGCUUUGAAAUUUCUAUUUGGCUUGUGAGAUAGUAUUUGCUCCCAUCUGUUCAACCUUUCUGAUUGUCAGUUCAAGCAUCAAGCCAAACUGGGUUUUCUCAUGGGCUCUAUUCUCGCCUUAUCAAGAAAUGAAUGGAUGAAUAAUUUUACUAUGUUAUGUCUUAGGUAGGGGUUUGCAAUCGACCAGGUCAAAGAAUCAUGGUCCAAUAGUGAAAAACAUCUUAGAAUCAUGGAUAAAAUCAAUAGUGAAUUUGGUUAGGUUUGGUUCGAUUUAAAUGUUAAUUCAGCUCAUUUUUCAGUAUUUAUAAUAUUUAUGAGAUCAAGGACUGAACCGGAUCAAAUUAUAUUUGGUUCGAUAUGGUUGAGUCCAAGUGUCAAUUUAAAAUUGAUUUGGUUUAAGUGUCGAUUUGAUUCGAUGAGAUUUUGUAGCAUACCCUAAUCUUAAUCUUGGGAAACGGAUCAAGUUCAGCUGCUUUCUUUACUUCCGAAGUUGACAAUAAAUACUUGACUAGGGCCUCUCACGCAGUCACGCUACCAUGUUCGCAAGAGCUGAUUGUAUUGUUAUGGUGCUAACACUAGAGGAAAAAGGAAAAAAACCAGCAAAAUAUAGUAUCAUCAGAGCUGGCCCACUAUAUUCGGAGGCCCUGUUCGAAAAUAAAAAAUGUGGCCCUAAAAUGGUUUCUCCGUAAAUUUAUCAUAAGAAUAGGAAUAAUUUAUAAAUAAUUGUUUGAAAAGUAAUCAAAUUCAAAUUUUCUAGUUGACAAUCAAAAAUUGUUACAAAAAAUUAAUGAUUCCACUCGGCAGUCUAACUAAUCCAAAUUUCCAAUCAAAAUCCCUGCAAAAGAAAAAAGAAAAAUUGGUUAGAAUUUCGACCAGCCAUUUCAAUUUCCAUUUCAAAACAAGUUAGGCAGAAACUCCCUCCCCAAUUUCGGCCCAAAACAAAUUAGGCAAUAGGUAGCACAUUCAAAUUUCGGCCAGCCCAUAACCCAUUCCAAUUUCACUAUUUCGGCCAUCUCCAACUCCAAGCAACAAGCUUAACUGAAGCAGAGUAUGAAGAAGAACAGAGUCUCCAGACUCAAGCAGACAACACGCAAGAAAUACACAAAUUCAAGUACGGUCACGAAAUUCUUACCGAUUAGGAGAUUACCGAACCACGGUGGAGAGACAUCAGUCGCCAAGUCGAAACCAGGGUUAGAAGGCGAGCGCCGAGCGGGAUUGCAGGAGCGCCGAGCGGGACUGCGGGAGUGCCGGAGCGGAACCACCGUCCACCAAAUCAGUCGGAAGUCAGAAUAAGGGAUUGCUGGAUUGAUUUCUUCAGCUGCUUCAGCUAGGAGGGGAUUAUUUCGUCGGUAGAAUGAAAAAAGAGGGGAUGCUUUGCUUCACCUAAAAAUGGCCGAGUAUUUAAAGGGGAAAUGAUUGAUUAAAGACGUUAGACGUUGAUUAUGAUUUAUAAAGAGUCGAAAAGUAAUGCUGGCUAGAGAGUAGAGACGUUGGCUUCUUUGGGAAGGUGAGAAUUUGGGGAAAGGAAUUAAUCAAUGAAUGUUUUUGGGAAUGGGGGAAGAGAAAAAAAGAGGCGCAGGCGACUGGGUGAGCAAAGGCCUCUCUGCCGAUUCGUGUUUGCACAACUAAUUUUUUUUAAUGUAUAUAUUUAUUGUAUGGGCCAAGUACUUGAGGCCCCCAAUAUUUUGAACCCCUGUGUUGUGGAUCAGGUCAGUACAGGGCCUGGGUCGGGCUUGAGUAUCAUAGACAUAAUUUUACUGUUUGAGACAGUUAUAGUUAAACGUUCGAAAUACACAAAAUAGCUACUU